AUGAGUAUUUUAUAUACCAAAUUAUUUUUAUUUAUUGUUCUACUAAUUUGCAUAUUAUCACCUGAAAAUAAUACACUUCAUAAAUAUGUUGAAAUAAAAGAAAGGAUUAAUAAUUUAUUAAAUCAUCCACAUUUAAGAUUAUUAACAGAAAGAAUGCCAGAUGAUUCUUUAAAUGGAUUGAGAACAAAUGACGAAAAUGUAGAAGAUGAUGAAAACGAAGAACAUGAAGGAGAUGAUAAUGAAAAUGAUGAAGAUGAAAAAGGACAAAAUAAAACUUAUAAAAAUAAUAAAUAUCAUAAAAAUAAUAAAAACGAUAAAAUAAAUAAAUAUGAUAAAGUACAUAUAAAUGAUCAAUCUAAUUCUAAAGCUUCAAAUGAUACUGAUGAAGAUGGUGUCAAUUAUGAAACCGUACCUAUAAAAUCAACUUCCUUAAGAAAUGGAGUGAGAAAAGAAAACAUAGAUAAUAAUAACGGUAACAAUAGUACUAAAACUAGUAAUAAUAGUAAAAUUAAAAAUAGCGAAGAAAAAACUGCUCCAUUAAAUAUGCAACAAUUAAUAGAAAAAAGUUUAUAUGAUUUAAAAAUAUGUAACCACAUAAACGAUGAAAAGAAACAAUACGCAGAUGAAAUAAUAGAUUCCAUGAAUCUUACAGAAAAAGUGAAAAAUAUAUUCAAAGAAUUGGUAUAUUAUUAUUUGUGGAAAAGAGAUCCAGGAUAUCAACUCAAGUUAUAUAAGAAAAUUGAAAAGGAUAUCGAACAAUACACAAAGAACCAUGUUAUUUGUACUAUUAUUGAUUUGGAAAAUUUAGAAGAUGAUCUAUAUUAUUUACAAUACCCAGAUAGAGAAAUUUAUAUGCAUUUAGAUACAGCAAAGGAAAAUAGACAAAGACGAAAAUUUAUAAAAAAAAUGAAAGAAAUUGAAAAGCAACGGAAGGAACAAAAAAAAAAAAAAAGAGAAAUGGAAAAACUGAACAAGCGCGAAUUGCUAUAA